AUGGGCCCAGGGCGACGCGGCACCAAUGUCAAUGCCAUGCUCCCACAGAAUGAGAAGAUUCUUGGCGCGCGCCUCCACGUCACACCACCCAACGGAGUCCGCAAAGUCGGAGCUCUGCGAGAAGAUGACCUCUCGGAUCCUGCUACGGGUCUGGUGGAACCGCCGCCACCGGAAGACGGGCUCCGCCGCGUAGGCUACGAGGCGCGUAUUGGCCCGCGAGUGGGGUCGCCUCUGCUUGCGAUGUUCGAACGCCUCGGCCAGUGUCUCUGCUCAACCGAAUGUAGAAAUCAUCGAGUUGAGCCGCAGGAACUCGAUGAUAUCGUCUUCAGACCGGCCACCCUGUUCGUGAAGCUGCUACGUGCGGUGAUCGUAAGACGGCGCCCGCAGGGGCGGUUCUGGAGCUUUGAUUCGGAUUCAGUACGGAGACAGCGGCGUCUCGACUAA